AUAAUUAAAAUGAUUCGUCUCACACAUAGUAAAUCAGUAGCAUGCUUUUCUGGAGCCUUGUGGGGACCUAUCCAUGAAAGACCUAUUGUCGAUAGAGUUAUGUCAACAUCUUAAUGGCCAGUCCCAUACUAUUAAAGAAUUUUCAAAGCCUAUCCAGUUAGAUGUAUUUUUUAGAUUAAAAUAAGAAAAUAAAUAAACCUGGGCAAUGAAUUUAGCUGGAGCUGAGAUUCAUGACAUCAAUUGGUAUUGUGCAAAGCAAGCUUUGAGCAGAACUCUAAAGGGAAGAUAAGCUGUUGAAUAUGUCGAAAAUAAUAUUCCAACAUAAAGUAAAGUGAUUAUAUUAUCAAAGGUUAUAUUGUCAUUCAAAAAGACGUGUCUAGAAUGGCAAAAGCAUAUGUAAGUGAUUUAAGUCUUUUCCUUAGUGUUGCAAAUAAAGAAAGCAAAGUCAUUUUGGAUUCAGUCGAAUUGAUUUGAGAAAUAGUCAAAAAUAUAAUAUUGUAUAAAUAUGCAUUAAUA